UGCGGUGGUUCGAGUCGGUCUUAGUCUUUCAGUCUGCCAGUUGAUCCAAGGAAUUAAUCCUUUUUAGCCAUGGCUGCUGCUGCUGUUGCCACGCCAGGUGCCACCGUAUUGCCGUCUGGACCAACAGCUGGACCAGCUGCUCCCGCAGCAGGAGGAGCAGCAGGUGGCAAGGCUCCUGCCAAUCUUUUGGAUAUCACUGGCGAGGCCAACAUAGUCAAUUAUAUGAAGAAUCGUCUGCGCAAGGGAGCCAUGAAGCGCAAGGGCUUGGAAAUUGUCAAUGGCCAUCGGUUUGCGGUGCGUUUCUUUAAGCAGCCAACUUAUUGUGGUCAUUGCAAGGAUUUCAUUUGGGGUUUUGGCAAGCAAGGUUUUCAGUGCGAGGAAUGCCGCUUUAAUAUUCAUCAAAAGUGCUGCAAAUAUGUUGUAUUCAAGUGUCCUGGCAAGGAUACCGAUUUCGAUGCUGAUUGCGCCAAAGUGAAGCAUGGCUGGAUCUCAACAACCUAUACCACGCCCACAUUCUGUGAUGAGUGCGGCAUGCUGUUGCACGGCGUGGCCCAUCAAGGUGUCAAGUGUGAGAAUUGCAACCUAAAUGUGCAUCAUGUUUGCCAGGAGAAAGUGCCACCCAUGUGUGGAGCAGAUAUUAGUGAAGUGCGUGGCAAACUAUUGCUCUAUGUGGAGCUUAAGGGGAAUAAUCUAAAAGUAGACAUUAAAGAGGCUGCAAAUCUUAUACCCAUGGAUACCAAUGGUUUCAGUGAUCCUUAUAUAGCUGUUCAAAUGCAUCCCGAUCGUUCGGGUCGCACCAAAAAGAAGACCAAAACCAUACAAAAGAAUCUCAAUCCUGUUUUCAAUGAGACCAUCACUUUUGAACUACAACCACAGGAUAGAGAGAAACGUUUGCUUAUUGAAGUCUGGGAUUGGGAUAGAACUUCUCGUAAUGAUUUCAUGGGCUCAUUUUCAUUCAGCUUGGAGGAAAUACAAAAGGAACCCAUCGAUGGUUGGUAUAAAUUUCUAUCUCAAGUCGAGGGAGAACAUUAUAAUAUACCUUGCAUCGAUAUCGUUAACGAUAUGGCACGUUUAAGUGAUGAAGUUCGACACGAUCGUCGUCCGAAUGAAAAACGGCGCAUGGACAAUAAGGAUAUGCCACAUAAUAUGAGUAAAAGGGAUAUGAUACGUGCAGCUGAUUUCAAUUUCGUCAAGACCAUUGGCAAAGGUUCAUUUGGUAAGGUACUUUUAGCCGAACGCCGUGGCACAGAUGAAUUGUAUGCGGUGAAAGUGUUACGCAAGGAUGUCAUUAUACAAACCGAUGACAUGGAAUUGCCAAUGAAUGAGAAACGUAUUCUGGCCCUAUCGGGACGUCCCCCAUUCUUGGUAUCGAUGCAUUCUUGUUUCCAGACCAUGGAUCGUCUAUUUUUCGUUAUGGAAUAUUGCAAGGGUGGCGAUUUAAUGCAUCAUAUGCAGCAAUAUGGGCGUUUCAAGGAGUCAGUGGCUGUUUUCUAUGCCGUGGAGGUGGCCAUAGCCUUCUUCUUUCUUCAUGAACGCGACAUCAUCUAUAGGGACUUGAAGCUGGAUAAUAUUCUCUUGGAUGGUGAGGGUCAUGUCAAGUUAGUGGACUUUGGCUUGAGCAAGGAAGGUGUAAGUGAUCGUCAGACUACACGCACUUUUUGCGGUACUCCCAAUUACAUGGCACCAGAGAUUGUUAGUUAUGAUCCUUAUUCCAUUACCGCCGAUUGGUGGUCAUAUGGUGUUCUAUUGUAUGAACUAUUGGCUGGUCAGGCUCCAUUCGAGGGCGAUGAUGACUCUACCAUAUUCCGUAAUAUUAAAGAUAAGAAGGCCGUCUUUCCCAAGCAUUUCUCGCAUGAGGCAAUGGAUAUUAUAACCAGCUUCCUAGCUAAGAAGCCUAAUAAUCGCCUGGGAGCUGGUCGCUAUGCCAGACAGGAGAUAACCACACAUCCUUUCUUUGGUCAAAUCGAUUGGGACAAAGCCGAGGCUGGUGAAAUGCAACCACCGAUUGUUCCCAAAAUUAAACAUCGCAAGGAUAUCAACAAUUUUGAUGAAAUAUUCACCAAGGAGAAAACAGAUUUAACUCCAACUGAUAAGCUUUUCAUGAUGAAUUUAGAUCAAAAUGAUUUUAUUGGUUUCUCCUAUAUGAAUCCAGAGUUUAUAACAAUUAUCUAAAAUGGUUGCCACACCGAAUAAAGCUUUAAGGAUAGUCGA